CAAAGUUCAGGGGUCAGCAAGGGUUAAAUAUUAACAGGUGUAUGUACCUGCAUGACUGUGACUAAUACACUAUUCUGGUGAGGCGAGCUUCUUGUGACUCCUACGACACUUUCCCAGGUGCAGUCUUAACUUACAGGUGCAUGAUGGGAUUCUGGUUUACGGAGGGUCUGAGUUUCCUGCCCAUCGGGCUGGGCCUGUGGACGACCGCUACCAUGGUAACCACCUACAUCAUGGCGGUCCUACGCGGCGACGUUGUGCCAGACUUCCCAUACAUCAGCGACACAGGAGACAAGAUUCCCGAGAGCUGCGUGUUCGGACAGAUGCUGAACAUCUCAGCAUUCCUCAGUCUGGGCACCAUGUACGUCAGGUAUAAGCAGGUCGAGGCGAUGAACCGGUCGGACUCCCGCUGCCUCCGGCUGCUGAACAAGGCCGGCCUGUGGGUCGGGCUGCUGACCUCAGUGGGGCUGACACUCGUGGCAAACUUCCAGGAGGGUAACGUGAAAGCUGUACAUUUCAUCGGCGCUGCUCUAGUGUUCGGCAUGGGAGUCGUGUACAGCUGUCUCCACACCGUCGUCUCGUACCGGCUCUACCCGGCGUAUGCCUCGCUGCGCCAGUGCCGCGCCAGGGCCGCCAUCACUGCUGUGGGGGCCGUCGCCAUGACGAUCGCAUUUGGAACAGCAAUGGUGGCGAACUACCAAUGGGCGACACACGAACAUGCACACGACAGGCUCCACUGGCAGCC